AUGUAUGUCGCGCGUACAGCUUCGUCAAGGUUCUUAUGCAAGGCUUGCUGGAAGGCCGUGUCUCCAUCUUCUGCUUCGAUUACGAGAUCUAAAGGCUUGAUCCCUUGCGCCUCUUCUCAACUACCUGAGACAGCAUCGAGCGCAUCACAAUGCCUCUUCAGUACCAGUCCACCGAGAAGAGUGCACAAACAUGACCCCUCGGCCGAAGAUGCUGAAUUCCCAUUUCUAAGUCACGGUGCGAAGCCUGCAACGAAUCCUGCCGAGUCCAAGAACCUCAAUUCUUCCCCCGUCAAAACCGCGAUCGAAUCCGCGUCAGAAGAGCCUACACCUCCGUCGCCUUCGACGUCUAUACCAUGGUAUCUUAGGCAGCAGUCCUCUGUUCCAUCUCCAGCUCAGAAGCCCGCUGAAAUCCCCAACCUACCGCCGAACCCACCGCCGCUCCUCGAAACCCUACUCGAUUAUGUGUCCAUCACGGCUGGUCUAGAUGACUUGCAAUUGCUUGACCUACGUCAUCUUGACCCUCCGCCUGCUCUUGGGCCAAAGCUGAUCAUGCUUAUCGCUACUGCGCGGUCCGAGAAGCACUUGCAUGUAGCAGCGGACCGAUUCUGUCGGUGGUUGCGAAGGGAACACGGCUUGAAAGCGAAUGCGGCGGGUCUCCUAGGUCGCAACGAGCUCAAAAUUAAGCUAAGGAGGAAGGCCAAGCGCAUGAGGAUGCUGGCCAACGUUGGUGGAACCAUGCCAGAAGGCAACAUUGACGAUGGCAUACGUACCGGCUGGAUUUGCUGCACUAUCGGCAAGAUCGAGGCCCAUCCGGAGGAUAUGAAUAUGCCAGGUGACAAUGUGGAGGACUUUGUGGGGUUCAGGGACAUCAAGCCGGGAGUCAAUCUUGUGGUUCAAAUGUUUACCGAGGAGAAGAGAGCUGAGACUGACUUGGAAACGCUGUGGGGUGGCGUAUUGAGAACACACCAGAGGAAGGACAAAACCGCGGAUGAAGCGCUGAGGGAGUUGGAAGAGGACCUUGAAGAGCUUGAGAACGAUCCGGAAGACCUGGGCUACGAAACGCAACACUCAGCGCAAGCGAGUGCUCAGACACAAGCUAGUGACUCAAGCCGUCCGGCGGCCACUCCAGCAUCAACUCGACGGUUCCACCGACCACGAGCAUCGCUAGGAGAUUUCUUCCCGCCAGCUACGAACUCUGAUGCCAGGAGACAGCUUCGCAAGCUUCAUACAAUCGGCUUGAGAUGACUGGUGUACGACUUCUUAGUAUGUUGCCAGCAUGCAGUGCGACCUCAAUUCUGAAGGUUGAGUGUCCAUUAACUGCCACCCGUACAGCAUAAACUGAAUGUCUUCAACCACUUUGCAUCGUUUCCUCGGAGACACCGAAGUAUAUCACUCCCAACAUCGCCAUGCGGAGUAACCAGUCUCUUCAUAGAGAAUUUCCGCACGAUUUAUGUAUAUCACCUAACCCGC